AGCUGUAUUUAAAAGCUUUAAUUCUCCCGUUAGCCCAGCACGGCAGCACACGUAACAGAUCUUGAGCUUUAGCCCAGCACCCAUGGCUUCCGUCCUCCGCACAGAGCUGCUUGCAGCUUUCAUUUUCUCCCUCUCUCUUCUUCUCCCCUCCGCACUCGGGGCGACGGUGGCGUGCGAGCAGCUGCCAGCGGAGCUGUGCGCGUUCGCCGUCUCGUCCACGUCGCGGCGGUGCGCGCUGGAGAACACGCAGCGGGCGGGGCGGCCGACGGAGUACCAGUGCCGGACGUCGGAGGUGGUAGUUGAGGACCACCAGCUGUCGGGACUGGUGGAGACCGACUGCUGCGUGCGCGCGUGCGGCGUCGACCGCGCCACCGUCGGCAUCUCCUCCGACUCGCUCCUUGACCCGCGCGUCGCCGGGGCGCUCUGCUCCCCGGCCUGCUUCCAGGGCUGCCCCAACAUCGUCGACCUCUACUCCAACCUCGCCGCCGCAGAGGGUGUAGUUUUUUCAGAGCUGUGCGAGGCACACCGUGCGAACCCUCGCCGUGCCAUGGCACAGCUCCAGAGCUCUGGUGAGGCACAUGGUGCUCCCGCCGCUAGACAGUCGGAUGCAACUGCUCCUUCCCCUGCGGCACCUCCUUCACAGGCGGCUUAAAUCGGUCUUUGGAUACAUGAUAUUUCUAAUUUAUAGAUAAAUUCGCACCAUUGCCCACUGAUUUCAGGGUUGUAUUAUUUAUACAAGAACAUAUAUUAUUGUAAUACAUAGCCCACUCAACAUGAAAGAUUUUUUCCCUCUCGCA